AUGAGACCUCGAGGUAUCCUUCUCCUGGCAGUGGUCCUUGUCUUGGGGCUGUGUGCUCUGGUGGAGGGCCAGAAACCUUCUCCCUGCCGGUGCUCCAGGAUGACACCAGAGAACAGAAAGAACUGUGGCUUCCCGGGCAUCACCAGCGACGAGUGCUUUAAUAAUGGUUGUUGCUUUGACUCCAGCGUCGGUGGGGUCCCCUGGUGUUUCCACCCACUUCCAAACCAAGCAGAGGAGCAGUGUGUCAUGGAAGUGUCAGCCCGCAAGAAUUGUGGGUUCCCGGGUAUCAGCCCUGAGGAGUGUGCCUCUCGACAGUGCUGCUUCUCCGACCUGGUCUUCGAGGUGCCCUGGUGUUUCUACCCACAGUCUGUGCAAGAGGUCUCCUCUGUGUCUGAGAUGGCAUGGAGUAUCUCUGAGAAGCAGCAAAGAAGGCGGGGCCUGGUGGGAGGGUCUCACAGCCGUCGCUCUGAUAAAAAGCAAAUGAAUAAGGGGUUUGAGAUCCUCAGUUCCCCUGCCCUGGCUCUGUGGGUCUGGAUUUGCCCAUGUGAUUCUUCUCCCUAG